AUGCGGUCUCUCAUUGCCCAGCGGCCUUUUGUGGCUGCUCUCUCUGGCCUGAGCAGAGUCUGCAUCAACCGAACGGCCCCGAUCGGCGCCCAAUUGGCCAACUCUCUUGUCCAGGGACAGAGGUACGCCUCGGUGAAGUCUCAGGGAGCCUACAAGAAGAAGAGCAAGAGAGGAAUUCCCAAGAAGCUCGGUGCGAAGCGUACUGGUGACCAGUAUGUCAUCCCCGGAAACAUCAUCUACAAGCAGCGAGGCACGCUCUGGUGGCCCGGCGAGAACUGCAUCAUGGGCCGGGACUUCACCAUCCACGCCAUGGCCACCGGCUACGUCAAGUACUACCGCGAUCCCGCCCGCCACCCCGACCGCAAGUACAUCGGCGUGACCUUUGAGAAGGACGACGUGCUCCCCUACCCCGCGCACGCCGAGCGGAAGCGCAAGCUGGGCCGCACCGCGCACCAGAUCAGGCCCGAAGUUCCCAAACCCGAGGUCUCGCCCUCGGGCAUCCCCUUCCAGAUCACCCGCGUGGAGAAGGGCGAGCCGGACCGCCUGCUGCGCCUGCGCAAGGACUACAGCUACCGCGAGGACAACUGGCGGAUCGGGCGGCUGGUGCAGACGACGGGCCUCAAGAUCAAGCGCUUCAGGACGAGGAAGCAGUACUUCCGGCACCGCAGGUGGAGGCGCGAGCGGGAGAUUGAGGGGCAGCGCAAGGCGGCCCAGAGGAGGGAGGAGCUGGGCGAUGACGCCGUCAAGGUUGUCAAGCAGCUGAGCAAGAAGGCCCUCAAGAAGGCUAAGAAGGCUGGGCGUAAAUAG